ACCCGAACUCACCGUAGCUGAAUUGAAACAGAUCGUGGACUUGGACUUCUGUCAUGGUGCCUCAGAAGCUAACCUGCUAGCAUUAGCUGCCGUUAGCAUGUUAGCCAGCUAACGGCAGUGCUGCUUUUAAGUGCUCCCUGUGAGCCUCGUCCACCGACCACAUGAUUUGUAAAUACGAUUUGCUUAUCUGUGCUAGUUGUGGCGCCAGUAUCAACUGUUCGAUGGAAUAAAUUACUAACUUAACAACUGUUGAUACUGUUGAACUGUUAAGAUAAAGAUAAUCCAGAUGCGAUAAAACAACUUUUUAAGCGUUCACCAGCUAUGCCCACUAUGAGGCCAUAUGACUCUUGGCUGGCAUUUCAUCAUGCGGCGGGGGGAGCACGGUCCACGGGCUUUCCAGGCUCCAGUGGAUGUCCAUGCCAGUGCAGAUGGCCAGGUUUACAUGUUCAAGAGGAGGCCAAAUGAGUCUGCUGUGUUCUCAGAUGAUGAGGAGUUCAGUGUCAUGGAGAUGAGACCGAGGGUUUAUCAAGAGCUGGAGCAGGACUCACUGAGGAACAUCCAGCUGCUGGAGCGGGAGGUGUUGGAUGGUGACAGUCUGAACAAGCUUGCACUGCAAUAUGGCUGCAAAGUUGCAGAUAUAAAGCGAGUGAACAACCUCAUGCAGGAACAAGAUUUUUUUGCACUGAAAUCUAUCAAAAUACCUGUUAAGAAACACAGCUUUUUACAUGAGACUUACCUCAGAGACCCCGAAGAAGAAAUGGCACUUUCAUCUGCUACACCAGCGAAGCCUCUGGACGGAGCCAGAGCCCAGCCACACCUACAGGAGGUCACCGACUUUCUCAUGGAGGUGGACCACGAUAUUGAGAAACUAAUCGAGACCACGAAUGAUCAAGAUGAGGAUUUUUUGGAAAACUCACAAAAGAAAGAGCAAAGGUUUUUUUUCAGAGGAGGGCGCCCAAGCAAUCACGGUGCAGACUGGGGCAUUCAGUGGUGGAACGCCGUAGUUGCCAUGCUCCUGAUAGGCAUCGUCCUGCCAUUAUUUUAUGUCAUUUAUUUCAAAACAAUAGAUAAUGGCAAAGUUUCACCGACCAGUCCCGGUGUUACUAGUGCAAUACAGUCAUCCACCUCCUCUUCAAACUCCUCAGGGACAGGCUUUGGUGCAAGAGGACUGGAGCAUUUUCAGGAACCAGGAUAGUGUAAAAAUUAGUAUCAGAAAAUCAGAAUCAUUAUUUAAGACUCUUGGAUUAGAUGGUGACAGUCAAGAUAAAACUUAAUUUCUUGACAUCUCAAUGCAAUAUUCCACCAUGUCUAGUUUCACCAGUGAAUUUUACCUUUUUUAUUCUAUACUAAAACUGUGAUGCUUGAGGCAAAUACUUCAACAAGUUUCUUGAAGUGACGUGAAAUAGCUGUUCCCAUUUUUUGUAACAAUUUAGAACACUAACAUUCGUCACAGACGUGCAGUUUCCUGAAAUAUUACAUGAUAUUAUUGAUCCUUUGCUUUGAAAAACUUUGUUGGGGCUCCAGUUCUUCAUGUAGUAUAUUUGCAGACAACAACUUUCUAGAGAUUUCUUUGCAAGUUUUACCACAACCUGCCUUUCCACCCGUGCCUGUUGUCUUUAUCAGCACAUAAUGUAUAAAGUGGCAUAUCAGUGUUGCAUAUCAGUAACACAGUAAUACAGCUUUAAACUUUUGCCUCAAAAAUGGUUGCAUGACAAAUCCCCCCUCCCAUCACCAAAACUGUGAGGUUAAAUUGCAUCUGGAAAGGGUUUGAGUAUUUAUUGUGUGCCUUGUUUGACAUAACUUUUUUUCUGUGUGUGUGUGUGUAUGUGUUCAUUGUUAACUUAUUGCCAUGCACAUUGUGCCUUCUGUCUGAGUAUGAAUACAGUGCCAGAAAUCUUGAAAAUGACAUUUACUGAUCUUUAAGUUUCUUGAAUGAGAUGUGAGAUGUUGUAAAGUGCCUUAAAACCUUAUUGGCAGAUCUAUACACUUAUAUAUAUAUA